AUGGCACCAUCCCAACUAGAAAUUAAAAUAAGGUCUUUGCAGAGACUUUUGAAAGAAGAGAAGUACUAUCAACAGGAAUUAAAAGACCAGAAAAACCACGUCGAUGAAAUGAAGGCUGACGACUCAGUAGAUCCAUAUGACUUGAAAAAACAGGUCGAGGUCUUGCAAGAUACCGAGAGACUGCUGCCUGCACUUUACGAGAAAAUCGGACAAUUCAAGGAAGAUCUUGCCCGUUUCGUCGAGACCUACAAUGGAACUGAAGACCUCAAAGCAGUCGAUACUACCUUGAAAGAGGCUGGAGAUCUUUUAAGUAAAAGCUCGUGA